AUGUUAUCACAUCACCCCGAAUUCCACACCACCAUCGGAAUCGACUUGGGGACGACGAACAGUUGUAUGUCAUAUCCAACAUCCACUACUCCACAAAUCAUCGAGAAUUCAGAAGGCAGUCGAACGACCCCAUCGAUCGUCUCGUACACUCCAAAAGGGAUUUUAGUUGGGGAAGCUGCGCGUCGCCGUCAGUCGUUUUAUCCCAAAGAGACGAUAACGCAUGCGAAGCGAUUGAUAGGCAUUAAAUAUGACCAAGUGACUCCUUUUAUGCGGCAAGGGUAUACAAUAAUUAAAGGGCCCAAUAACGAUGCAUGGGUUGAGGUGAAUGGGGUGAAGUAUUCUCCAUCCCAAAUCUCAGCGGAGGUCCUGAAAAAGAUGAAGAAAGACGCUGAGAAGAAAUUGUGUCAACCGGUCGACUCCGCUGUUAUCACAUGUCCCGCAUACUUCAACGACGCCCAACGACAAGCGACAAAAGACGCUGGCCGGAUAGCUGGGUUAAAUGUCAAGAGAAUUAUUAACGAGCCCACAGCGGCAGCUUUAGCGUAUGGGAUCGAUGCUACCAAAGCGAAUGAAGGUAGAACGGUAGCUGUUUUUGACUUAGGCGGAGGGACUUUUGACGUUUCGAUCUUAGAAAUCCGGAAAGGAGUGUUUCAAGUGAAAAGUACAAAUGGGGACACAGCACUUGGAGGCGCUGAUUUUGAUGGAGUUAUUGCAUCUUUGAUAUCAAACGAGUUUUAUAAAGUUAAUAAAGAGAAGAUCUUAACUCAACGAGGGAGAGUCAGAGUGCGAGAAGAGGCUGAACGAGUGAAGUGUGAGUUGUCGAGUAGUUUAGAGAGUAGUAUAGUCCUUCCUUAUUUAGAGAAAGGGAAGAGUCUUGAAAUGACUUUAACACGAAAGAGUGUUGAAGAGAAGUGUCACGACCUAACGCGACGCCUGAAACGGCCGUGUGAACAAGCUAUUAAAGAUAGUCGGCUGACGAAACAGCAAAUCAAUGAUAUAGUCUUAGUAGGUGGGAUGACACGUAUGCCAUUGAUACAACAAACCGUCUUUGAGAUCUUUGGGAAAUAUGGGAAUGGCAAAGUCAAUGCCGAUGAGGCUGUUGCGAUAGGAGCUGGAAUGCAAGCGGGAGUACUUGAAGGGAAGAAGAGAGAUAUAGUCUUAGUAGACGUCACUCCUUUGACGUUGGGGAUUGAAACGAUGGGGGGAGUAAUGACGCCAUUGAUAGAGAGAAACACGACUAUCCCAACUAGGGUUUCAAGAGAGUUCACCACUACUAACGAUUUCCAAAGAGAAGUCGACGUCAAAAUUUAUCAAGGAGAAAGAAAACUAGCGAAGAAUAAUAAGAAACUGGGCGAAAUGAAAUUGGUUGGAAUACCCCCGGCUAAACGAGGAGUUGCGAAGAUAGAAGUGACCUUUGAUAUUAACGCGGAUGGCAUUGUGAAAGUCUCGGCAAAGGAUCUUGGGACCGGGAAAGAGUCCGGCAUUCAAAUCAAAAGUGACGGGGGACUGAGUGAAGAGGAAAUCGCCAAAAUUAUUAAAGAAGGAAAUCUCCAUAAAGAAGAGGACGAGAAAGUCGAACAACUCUUAACUCUUAAAAAUAAAGUGAAAGGUGAAGUGGAGGCAGCUCAAGAAAUCAUCUCAAAUUUGAGAAAGAAGAAUAUCCCUUUUAUCACAUUAAGUAAGGCUAUCACUAAAAUCAAUGGGGAAGUGACUGGAAACAACAUCGAGAGUAUCAAAAAGGCGGAAGACCAGUUGAUUGAAGAAAUGUCGAAAAGUAGUGAAAAACUAUAUAAAUGA